CACCGUCGACGCGGAAACCAGUAGCACCAGUGGCCUGGUGGCAGCGGCUGGUAGCUCUUCAUCCAUCGCCAACACUACCACCGUACAGCACGGUUCAUCCACCUAUACCCUGGAAUCGUCCUCAUCCUCUUCAUCGUCGGGCAUUGGCGAAACGAGCACCACGACCGGCACCGUCACUGGCAGCAACAACAUUGCCUCGUCACACGAUUCCUCCCCGCAGCAACCCCAGAUACAGAGCACUACUAGUGGCACCGGUUCGGCUGGUGUAGCCGAAAGUGGCACACCGCAGCCAUCGGGCAGUAGCAACGUCGUUGGUGGAAGCACUAGCGCCAGCACCAGUACCAGUAGUAGCAGCAGCAGCAGCAUCGUAGCCACUGCUCGCCAGGUGGUUAAUCCGCUCACUCGCCAUCAGCAACAGGCGGCUCAUCUGAUGCUGAUGCAGCAGCAGCAAGGCUAUGACGAGGGUGCCGCCGACGAUCGCAAUGUCCCAAGCACGCCCACACUGUACGCUUCACGCCGAAGCGACGGAUUGAUGUGAAGAAAGCGAAUCUGCGAAGACAGUCGAAUAUAGGGUGAGAGUAAUAGUGUACGAUAUCAGUGUGCCAAGAUGUGUGCGCGCGCGCCGAUCACCUGAUACCGCGAACACAGCAGAUAAAGGGAAGACUGACGGCUGAAGAGAGAUAUAGGUGAUAGUGAUAAGCAAACAGAAGCUCGCGACCAUCAGACGCUCGUUAUCAGGAAUCUAAGGAAUCUUUUUACAUUAUUGUACAAAUGAAACCCUUUACGUAUAUACGACCGACCAGAUCCUGGACAAUGGAUGGUGAGGUCUCGGUGUGCCAAUACACUUCCGCAGCAUUAGUUAUAGAAGCAUUAGUUAUGUGUCCCUUCAAACGAUCAUCAUCGUAUUCAAACGUGUUGCUUCCAUGCUCUUAGUAUAAUAGCUUAGCGUUAGACAAAUCCUACCGCUCUGCGUUCUACGUGAAUUGAGAAAUUAUACAGACAGCGAACGCGCGAGGCACUACAGAUCAACACAACAAGAGACAACGGCAGCAAUCAAAGCGAGUGCGCACACGAUUUCGUGUCAUCGUCUUUCUGUUGCGUCGUAGAAUAAUUCAAUAGGGACGGCUAACCAGCAAGCAUCUACUAGAAGGAGCUUACUAUAUUUCCUUUUCUUUCUGCUAACCGGCACACCUAAAAUAACGGAUGUGAUCUGAUUGAUUACGACACUGAUCCGCGAUCAAUACGCAUGCUGGCAAACGGCGCAAGGCGCAAAGACAGAAAUACCUUGUUGCACCGGGCGCCCCCGACUUUACACUAGUUUUAGACCGGUAGUUAUCAUUACUUGUAUUAUUUUCUCCCCUUUCUCAUUCAUCCGGAAAGUCUAGUAUCCUUCACAAUUAUCACGAGGGCCGCAAUUACGCACCGUUUCUCUUUCUUAAGCUAAGAAUAAAAAUGAACACCUCUACAAUAGUUUCAAACGAAGAAUCGAGUUUGUAUGUAUGUCGUUGUGUGUGUUCCGGUGUGUGUAUCACGAUGUCGCGAUUUGUAAUGGUUGCAUUUCAUUUGUGAUAAAACCCCAUGUCCAUGUCCAGGCUUAUCUACUACUAACUUCAUUGUUGCGAUGAUGAGAAGCGAAAUUUGAAAUCUAUUGAAAUUGAAAAGAAUUAUGAGAAUCGAGAGAGGUAGAAAAAAGCGAUAAAAAAAACAGGAGUAGAAUUCAAACAAAGAUGAGUCUGCAUUGUUCUGUGGCGUCGGCUUGUCGUAGGUUCACGAACUAAAUCCUAUCGAUGUUUCAUUAGUUCGUAUUAUGUUUAUUAUUUUCUCAUUUUUUUGCUUUUUUAAAUUGUUACACUUUUUAAAAGUUUGUGCUCCAGCUCAACAAAUAAAUGGAAGAAGGAGAUGGGAUGCUUCCGUGCGAGCGGCACCCUUGUACUGCAUGGUCCUUAGCAAAGCAUGAGACUCCUUUUUAUUUCCUUUCGGUUGCUUUCCAUUUCCCCUGCCAAGAGUGGCCAAAUACUGCAUACGAUGAUAGUGGACAACAAUAGCCAAUAUAA